CAAAGUAAGCGUCCAAACCAAAUCUUAACCUCAGUUUGAGUUGAUUGACUACACGUGUGUUUUUAAAAUUUGAACGAAAUUUGCAAUGGCAAAGGUUAAGAAGAACUUAGAAAAAUCCGCGAAGCCCAAUGUCAUAAAGACUGCGGAAAAGAAGAAUUCUCCAAAGAACAGAGUCAAAUCUGUUAUUAAAAAAGCAAAACAGGAGAAAACUGUGGAUGUAGACAAGGCAAAGAAGAUUGUGAAAAAUCUGGUUAAAGCCAAGGAUUUGCAGAAUCAGUUAGAAAAAGCUCCUAAGAAUAUUCAAGAGAUUGUUCAAGAGAAAACAAAGAAAAAGAAGAAUAAGAAUAAAGUUAAAUCACCAGAGAAGAAGAAACCCGCUGAGGUAACUGUUGAUAGUCCAACAAAAGUUGUAGAGCAGAACACAAACAGUAUUGCAUUGGAUUCCAAAACUGUUGAAUCUGCAGUCAAUAGUUUGUUCCAUCUUCUUGAAAAUGAUGACAAAGUUAAGCUUUUCGAUGAUCAGGAAGAAAGAUUUUUGUUGCAAAUCAAAUGCAUUAAAGUACCUGAGGCAAAUCCUAUGAUUAAGAGGAUAACAUUGAAACAUGGUAAGUUGAAUGCGAACAGCGAUAUUUGUUUCAUAGUGAAAGAUUACAAAAAACCUAAGGAUGUUGAUAAAACCAUUGAGUUUUAUGAGAAGAUCUUUGAGAUGCACAAUAUUACAAAUAUCAAGUGCAUUAUGCCAUUUUAUACAGCAUCAACUGAGUAUGCAGAAUAUGAGAAUCAAAGAAGAUUGGUUGAUUUGUAUGAUAGUUUCCUCGUUGAUGCUUCAAUUUCAAAUCAGUUCUCGACAAUGUUUAGAGCAGUGUUUAUUAAGAAAGGUAAAAUGCCCAGAAUGGUAAGGAUGAGAGCAAGUAACUUGAAGGACCAAGUGGAGAAAUCAUUGAAAAUGGUUCCUCUGAAAAUUUGUGAUGGAAGGGAUUCUUACCUGAUUGAAUUUGGUCAUCAUUUAAUGAAGAAGCAAGAAAUUAUUGAGAAUCUGCACCAUGUUGUUCGAGAAUUGAAUAUUGUGUUCCCAGGUGGCCAUGAUAACAUUAGGAAUAUGUAUGUGAAGACACCAACUGGUGUUUCUAUACCUCUGUAUUUGAGUCUUGCUAACAGCUCUGAUGUGGUAACACCUGUUGUAAAACGUAAGUUACCUAAAGCCUGUAAGGAUGUUAGAGGUGAACUCUCCACCUUUACUGAUGCUGAAGUUAUUGUCAAACCACAUGGUGAAGUUAUUCUUGUUAGAAAUAAAAAAGAACAAUCAUUGGGUGAUGAUGAGGACUGUGAAGAAGAGGAAGAUGUUGAAGAUGAAGCUCCCAACAAAAUUAGGAAGGUUGAUGUAGAUGCAGCAUUACCUGUUGAAAAGAAGAAGAAAGGAAAAGGUAAAAAUAAGCGUCAAUUGCAAACUGGAGCAGAUGAGGAAAUCAUUGAACCUAAAGGCAAGCAAGCCAAGAAGUCCAAUGAAGGAGUUAAAUCAAAUGAAGUAACUCCAGAAAUGCCUAAAGGAAAGGUGGUUCAAAAACCUUCUGUGGAAACUGCAGAAAUUGUAAAGGAAGAUAUUACAGAGAAACCAAAAGGCAAAGGUAAGAAGAAUAAGAAAUCAAAUGAAGAAACUACCCAAAAGGCAAAUGAAGAAAUCACUGAGAAACCAAAAGGUAAAGGCAACAAAAAUAUGAAACCCACUGUAGAAACCAAGAGUGAAGUGAUCACAGAGAAACCAAAAGGUAAAGGCAAUAAAAAAUUUAAACCUAAUGCAGAAACUGUUCAAACUAAGAAUGAGGUUAUCACUGAGAAAACGAAUGGUAAAGGCAAGAAUAAUAACUUGAAACCUAAUGUAGAAACCAAGAGUGAGGUGGUUGCUGAGAAAACAAAAGGUAAAGGCAAGAAUAAUGUGAAACCUAUUGAAGUAGUAGCAGAAGCUAAGCAUGAAGAGAUUGUUGAGAAAACGAAAGGUAAAGGUAAAAAAAAUACGAAACCCAUUGAAGUAGUAGUAGAAACUAAGAGUGAAGAGAUUGUUGAGAAAACGAAAGGUAAAGGCAAGAAGAAUGCGAAACUUAUUGAAGAACCAGUAGAAGUCAAGAGUGACGUUACUACUGAAAAACCUAAAGGUAAAGGAAAGAAAAAUAAGAGAGCUAAUGAAGAAGUAACAAAAGUAGAAAUUAUCGAGAAAGUUGCUGAAAAGAUGGGUAAAGGGAAGAAAAUAAAAGCAACUGAAGAAACUUUGAUGUCACCGAAAGCACAAAUUGUUCAAAAAGCGAAGAAAUUGAAAGUCGAGAGUGAAGCAGUUUCCAACGUAGCAACUAAUGUACCCAAAAAAAUCAAGAAGGGAAAACAGAUUGAAAAUAAGCCAGUUGAGGCAGUUCCAGCUGUAGCGAAUAAUAAAAAUGCUGGUAAGAAAGGAAAGAAUUCUGAAAAGGACGCCACGGUUUUGACAAAGAGCGGAUCCGAAAAAGUGAAGCCUGCUAAUGGUGCUCAAAAGAAGAUGAACAGUCCUGCCGGCAAAAACAAGAAGAAGAAGAACGUAGUUUAAUUUUGUUUAAGUUUGUGUAUUAUAUAUUUUGAUUAUA